AUGAGCUCCGGACGCCCUGUUGUCCACCAGGACUACAUUGCAAAAAUCCGAUACUCAAAUGCGCUGCCUCCUCCACCCUGUCCGCCAAAGCUGCUGGACAUCCCCAACACUGGUCUUUCGAGCGGUCAAUACACAUCAGCGGGCUUUGCGUCAAGACUGGCGCGAGAGCAGUCGCUGAAUAUUGAGGCUGAUGCGGAGUUGGGAAUGCCCAUCGACUUGGUGGGUAUCCCCAAGGUAUUCGAUGGAGACGAGUCUGCUAUCCAGGCGAUGCCUCACCCGCCACCGCUCAGCACAGCAGACAGAGCGCUGAUGCGACCGCCGAACCAGCUCGGCAAGACGCAGACCAAUGCCUCUGGCGCGACUUUCCUGCGACGAACAGAAUAUGUCACCUCAAGCACAACCGGCGGCUCCAAGUUCGAGUCCAGUAACUCGUCCAACACGAUGCGCCUGCGGAGGAAGCGAAAGCAGGUAGAGACCUCAUUAGACGACCCUACCAACAUCGCGCGACACAUCCUCAAGAGCUUCAACAUCGCGUACCCAGCAGAUGCCUACAACGGCCAGGACGGUGCCGAGAACAUCAGGGCAGCGGAAUCGACGCCCGAAGAGCGACUAGCAUGGAACAAGCCCAAGAACCCCCGGAACCCCAACCUAACACUCGUGGACUCCUACCCACUCCUUCCAGACUGGGACGCCAUGCCCGACACCGGCGGCUACAUGGUCUUCAAGUUCACCGCACCCCCGAUCAACAACCCGCUCGACCCAUCCUACGACCCGCGUCUCGACGUCGCCCUCCUCCGUCCCGCCGGCCAAACAAUCCAAGACCAAGAAAAGUACAUGGAAGACCGCGAAGCCCACCGCCUGGACCCCACCGUCCCACCCCCGAUCCCCCGCUGGCAAUUCGAAUACUUCCUUCCCUCCGACAAGAACAAGGUCCGCGGCAUCAAGCGCAACUUCACGACGCACGACCCCACCAACGAAGCAGACAUCGACUUCGACAUCGCCGAAGACGACGAAGGCCAGCCGCGCAAAUGCUUCAAAUACGAUAACGUGCGUACGUACGAGACGAGCCAGCAAGUUGGUGACCCCAGCGAUACCUACGGCGACGUUGUUGCGCUUGCGCUGCAUGACCCGGAGAAACAUGCGAAUGAGCCGCUGCGCGAUAGCAAGAUGCAGCGGGCGGCGUACUUCUACCCGAUUACGCAGAGGACGCAGUUGAGACCUAGGAGGCCGGGUCGUAUUGAUAUGACGGAGGAACAGCCGAAGGUCGAUAUUAUCGAGGCGGCUGGUAAGGAGCCGGAGAGCUUGGAGAGGAGGGAGGGGUAUAGGAAGAGGGCUGAGGGCGUGGAGUAG